AGCCUCGUCCCGGCCAUGCGCACGCUCAAGGCGGCGCUCGCCGCGGCCGCCUUCCGGAGGAUCCGAGUCUCCACGCCCAACUCGCUCGGCAUCCUCGUGGACUCCUCGCCGCCGUCCGCGGCCCGGUUCCGCGACGGCUGGGACGUGGCCGUGUUCACGCCGAUGCUGCAGUUCCUGCAGAGGAGCAAGUCGCCGCUGGUGGUGAACGCGUACCCGUACUUCGGGUACAACGGCGACACGCUUCCCUACGCGCUGGCGCGGCCCAACAACCCCGGCGUGGCGGACGCCGGGACCGGCAUCACGUACACGAGCAUGUUCGAGGCGCAGCUCGACUCGGUGUACUCGGCGAUGAAGAAGCUCGGGUUCGAGGACGUGGAGAUCCUCGUCGGGGAGACCGGGUGGCCGACCAAGGCCAUGGACGGGCAGAUCGGCGUGAGCCCCGCCGAGGCCGCCGAGUACAACCGGUACCUCAUUAACGAGGUCGGCUCCGGGUCCGGCACGCCGCUCAUGCCCAAGCGGACCUUCGAGACCUACAUCUUCGCGCUCUUCAACGAGGACCUCAAGCCCGGCCCCGUCGCCGAGCGGAACUUCGGCUUGUUCCAGCCGGAUUUUACUCCAAUGUACGACGUCGGCAUCAUGAAAGGCCCGGUAACAGCGCCCGCGCCGGCUGCACCCGCCAAAGCCGCUCGUGAAUCCAAGGCCUCGGCGCCUACAGAGGUCAAUGGCUCCAGCAGCGCGAUGGCUCCAUCCAUGGGCGAAUCGACUGAUCACAAGACGCCGGAGGCGGCGGAAGGAGGGGAUGCUCCUCCGUCGUCAGCGAAGAGCGGGCCGGGGGACAGCGAGUCAUCGGAGGCAGCAGCCAAGGUACUCCCGGAGAAAGUUGGGGAGAUUGCUAGCGUGGAUGGGUCCGGUGGGAAUGGGAAGUUCCCGCCUAGUGGCGGGCGUGGAGAUGGGGAUAAUGGCGGGGGCGGCGGGGGUGGGGAUGGCGAUAAGGAGGGUGAUGAUGAGUUUGGACCGAUCCUGAGCUUCGAGCAGGUGGUCCAGGAGGUGGAGAAGCGAGGGGUUAGCUUGCCCAGCUUGCCUGCCGAAAUGAUUGAGGCGGCUAAGAGCGUCGGGAUUCAGAAGUUGCUGCUGCUGAGAUACCUGGACCUGCAGGCCUCAGCUUGGCCGCUGGGUCCUGCCAUUAGAUCCUGCGGGCUUCUCCGGAACAGGAUGUUGGUUGAUCCUGCAUUCCUCUUCAAAAUUGGGACGGAGAUAGUUAUUGACACAUGUUGCGCGACCUUUGCGGAGGUUCAGAAGAGAGGCGAUGAGUUUUGGUCAGAAUUUGAGUUGUAUGCAGCAGAUAUGUUGGUAGGAGUAGUUGUUAAUGUAGCUUUAGUUGGCAUGUUGGCCCCAUAUGCUCGAUUCCGUGGGGGAUCUGCAUCAGGAGGAGGUCUUCUUGGGCGUGUUAGGCAUGCUUAUGAUGCUCUCCCAAGCAGUGUUUUUGAAGCUGAAAGACCAGGAUACAGUUUUUCCGUUCAACAACGGAUAGGAUCAUACUUUUUCAAGGGGAUUUUAUAUGGUGCAGUUGGAUUCUCUUGUGGUCUCGUGGGCCAAGGCAUUGCAAACUUGAUAAUGACUGCAAAACGGAGUGUAAAGAAGUCAGAGCAUGAUGUACCUGUUCCACCUCUUCUAAAAACUUCUGCUUUGUGGGGUGCAUUCCUUGGUGUCUCGUCCAACACUCGUUAUCAGGUUAUUAAUGGACUCGAGCGCUUGGUUGAGGCUUCACCUCUUGGCAAGCGUGUCCCAGCUGCUUCUUUGGCAUUCACUGUCGGCGUGCGUUUUGCAAAUAACGUUUACGGGGGAAUGCAGUUUGUGGACUGGGCCAGAUUGACUGGUUGUCAAUGAGGUGCAUGGUGUCCAUGUUUUUCAUGUUACUAUUCACAUUGAUGCUGUUGCAUGUGAUCUGUUGUUUGUCAUAACCAUGAAAUUCGUCGAAGUUGCUCCUUCCCAAGGUCAAGAUGACAUACUAUUAUCAAUAACGGUUUUGGCUGCACAAUUCCAAAAUAAAGUGAAGUCUCUCCGAGAGGGAUUCGAAACUUUGUAUGUUCUCCUUAUGUUAGGCUUCUAGGGAGUACUGUCGGAAAUUGACAGAAAAUCUACCAGGCAUGGAUAAUUUGUUGAAGCUUAGCAUGUCCAAGUGCUUAGUCAUGGAUGCAAUAACUGCUAGCUCCAACAGUAAGAAGAGAUCGCUUAGCUGUUCAUAUUGUCCAAGCUUUCGCCAUGUUGAUUUGCAUUCGGGUAGUUGAAUAUUUUGAUUGUGGUUUGUUUUGAGUAUGGCUUCUGUUCGAUGCUUGGGAAUCAUGAUCAGUUUGUGCU